UUAAGCCGAUUACACUAUCAUUCUAUCUCAUUGAGUUUGAGUUUGAGCAGUCUUUAAUUAGGUGAGUGGGACGAAUGUUGUAUGGUUGUAAUUUCUGUAUCUUGCAUCACUUUUAGUAAUCAACAAGUGUGUCAUAACAUUUUUCAAAGCACAGGGAAUCCACAGUGUGAGUGAUUACCAUGGGGAUGAUCCUCUACUAUGUACCUGAAGGACCUCCUAGUUUAGCUGUCAUGAUGGCUUUGAAACACUUUGGGAUUGAUUACAAACUUGUAGAAGUGAAUUUUCCUAAGGGAGAGCAUUUGAAAGAAGAGUAUGAAAAGAUCAAUCCGCAAAAAAAGAUUCCAACCUUGGACGACAAUGGGUUUAUUCUUGGUGAGAGUACAGCCAUAAUGCAAUAUUUAGCCGAAGAAUACAAGAAAGGUGAUCCGAUUUACCCAAAUGAGCCGAAGAAAAGAGCAAUAGUGAACCAUAGGCUGGCUUUCAAUAUGGCUUCUUAUUAUCCAAGCAUAGGUGCUUAUGCGGUAAUGUAUCAUCAUUGUACUAAUUAUCAUGAUCGUAUUCUCAUCCGAUAUUCUUUGACUAUCAAGGACUCCAGCUGGGUUAAAAAGGUUAAUUACGUUCUUUCAUCAUUUGACAAAAUUUUGGAAAAACAAAACAGCAAAUUUUCUGCCGGAGAUAACCUGACUAUUGCUGACUUUGCAUUGGUCGCAGCAACCUUGUCCUUGGAGGCCAUUGAUUUCUCGUUUUCCGACUACAAGCACGUGACCAAGUGGUAUAACACAUUCAAGCAGGAGUGUCCGGAGUUGUGGAGUGUUGCCGAAGAGGGAAUGAACGUGCUAAGGAAUUUUAACAUCAAUAUUCCACGUUUCCCACAUCUCGAUCAUCCUCUGAAUCCUGUCAGAAAAUGAGGUUUGAGACUUUUUUAUUAAAGAAUGAUUCAUGUCUUUCAGAGUGCCUUAGCUUUCUUUCUGUACAGUACACAAUGUACAAUAGAUAUCAGUUGUGUAUUUAAUACACUGCUUAUAAAGCUUUCUGUAUCGUAUUUUCCAAUAAACAAAAACUGUAUUUUCAA